UCAGCUUUCCAACGCGUGUCUAAGCGAUUUGAUCGGAUCAAUAGUUUUUGAAAUAUUGAUUUAAAUGUAUGCCAAAUAUGGAUUUUUGCGGGGAUACCUACUCGCAAAAAUACGGAGGCUCGAUUUUUACGAUAGAGCUAUAGUUCCUUGGGCAAAGUUUCUUAAAACGACCCGUAGAACACCGCUAGGAUAGGUAAAACAUCGAUUUUUUUUGCUCCCUACAAUUUGACCCGCCCUAGCUUGUAUGCUUCAUAUAAUUUCACGAAUAGGUGACAAGAAUAAGAACGCCCGGUUGGUUACAACCCGAUCCCAAACCUUUAUUAGGAUCGAUGUAACUGCCUGAAUUUCCAGAGCCUGAUGAUUUUCGCGUGUGAUACACGCAGACUGAAAUCUGUCGGAUCAACUGAAGCAUUGCCACCUUUCAUUGUGUCCACCCUUGUAUCUUCAAGCGCGUGUCAUCAGAAAAGAUCUAGUUUAGGGGCAGGAUUAAAGUAUACAUGUAGUAAUCUCUCAUGGACAGAUCACUUUUUUCGAUUGAAUAUCACAAACCUCCUUAAAUCCUUCGUUUCCAAGUCGACCAAACACUGAAAUUUUCUCAUCUGACAAUCACAGGAUGCUUUCUGAACAAGAGUUCGUUUUCUGCUACCAGCAGCAGUACUGCUGGAUCAUCCACAUUGAGGGAACAAUCGCCGAUGAGCUCGCGUACGAAUACAGAAUUUGUUGUCCGUGUUUUUUUAUUAACGACUGGUACGCUUGAUAACAUAUCCGGGUGAUAAAGACAUUACAGCACUUUAUCUUCUUGCAUUUCAUCUGCAGGGAGUUCCAAAUUCGCCCAUGGCAUUCGAUCAAAGUUGGCGAAAAAUCGAAAAGUAGCUUCUAUUGCCGAUAUUUGUCUUCGAUCCUCUUUACUGAUAUAAUCAACGAAAGAAUUAAGAAAGAGUCCGCCGAGCUAGCGAGAAAGUCCAUAACGUGUGAGAAUUUUAGAUUCUUUUCUAACUAUGUCUGUUUGAUUCUCCGUACAAAUUUACCUAUAGGCCCAAGUUUAGGCCAAAUUUACCUAUAGGCCCAAACGUUAGAAACGUUCCUGUCUCGAGUUUUAACUUUUUUAAAAAUGGAGUGAAAAGUUUUACUCAAAAAGUGACUGUUUUUUCAAUGUGAUUAUAUUCAAAUGAAUUUAUAUAAAGCUGCUAUAAAAAUCUUACUUUUACUUCGUUUAUUACCCAUCAAUAACUCAAAUAAAAUUUUUAAAUUAAAAAAAUUCUAUUUUCUAGUAAAACGACUUUUUGAACUGGUAGUUAUUGUUUCGCUAAGAAUCUUAUUGGCCUAUCUUGUAGAGCAUUUGAUUCUCUACCAAAUCACCUCAACCACAUUGAUUUUGAACCGGGACGGCGUGUCCAAAAAGCAUGUACAAUGAAUACCACUACAGUUAAUACACUUGCAAGGCGUGCGUAAUUCGAAAAUCGAGUACUAUUUUACUUUUAGCUUCUUUAUAUAUGAUUCGAUAGAGAAUUUGAAGCUGAUCAUCAAUAUCGUCUUUAUAGCCUUCCCAGUGCACGUUUGUGCAUCGAAAAAUUGAAAAUACGGGAAGGGUCUUAAAAUCCGAAAAACUUUCCCGUUUCGAAAAAACUUGAAUACUUUUUCUCCUUUUAUUUUGAAACAGUUUUUUUCUAAUUCAGCGUUGAAAAUUGAAUUAAAAAGUAUGUUUUUGAUGCUUCGCAUAUGUAAUGUCAACGCGAAAAAUUCAUCUUCAAGGAUAUCUCCACAGCGGAGACCUCGUCGGAAAAAGCUAUCUAGUUUUUUUUGGUAAAAGACAGAACGUUCAGUAUUGCGCCAUUCCAUCGGUCUUUAUUCGUACUACAAAAGUAUAACUCGUUCUUUUUGAAAUUCCUCUCCAUUGCUGAGAAAUUUGAAAAAUAUAAGAGAAGACUACAUUAUUACGUGCACGAGGUUUAGAGAAUUUUGAAAAAGCACUGUCUAUUACAGAAGAAACAUUUGCGGGUAGACUAAUGAACUUUUCGCUUGAUAAAGAUGUUUUUAUUAGUGAUGGUGUGAUCGGUCCUGGCAAUGCUGUUGAUUUAGUCUUUGAUGGUCUUGCUAUGAACGUUGGACUACGUGGAGGUCUCGUUGCUGAUGCUGGUAGUGUUGUAGUAGCACAGGGUGUCGAGAGUGGUGGAACAGGAGAAACAAGUGAUGUUGGUACACAAUUAAAUGAAGCAGAAAGUGAAAGAUCAAUAUUUGUUGUGAGUGUUGUGGACGUUGUAUCAGGUGGACGAUAUGACGGUAUCAAAAUAUUCGUUGGCAACGGACGUGGUAAACUACUAGCAUUUGUUGUUGUUGCUGAAGAAUCUGUCGGUGAUAUUGGAACGACUUUAUCUAUUAUAGUGUUUGGGUUGAAUGACUAG